AUGGACGUGCCGGAGUACUUUCUUCCCCCCGGCCGGGAUUUGACUUCUGCACUCGCUGCAGUGGAUGGGCUGGCCUCGUCCUACUCCGCCAAGGCGCGCGAGGGCCACAGAACUCGGGCGCGGCAGGGGGCGUUCCUCUUCUCGCUGGCGGAGUGUGGGCUGCUGGGAGCGCGCGGACCUGAAGAUCUUAGGGCGGCCACCCACACGGCCGUGGAGUCGCUCCUGCUCUUCGCCGCCGACUUCGACGGUUUCGACGACUUCGGCGACGCUUUGGGGGACGCGGGGCGGCUGGUGGUGCACGGCCUGCGGGCGCGCGCGCGGGCGGAGGGAUUUUCCGCCGCGCGGGAGGGGCAGCUGCCAGCGCCCGCGCGACCCUGCGGAUCCGACGGCGACGCAUCCGCCGCCGGAUCGGAGCUCCUGGCGUGCGCGGCGGAGCUCGCGGAGGCUGUGGCCGCCUGGGCGCCGGCGGACGCGAAGCUUGGGGCCAAGAUGCGGCUGGCGCUUGCGGAGGUGAAAGGGGACCUUGGGCUGCACGAGGAAGCGCUGCAGCUUGGCAAGGAGGCGGAGGAGGGCUUCCGGCGCCAAGGCGACCAGCUCGGCCUCGGGCUCUGCGAGCUGCUCUGCGCCCAGCUCCACUUCAAGGGUCGUCACUUCCACCUCUGCCUACGCAGCGCGGAGAGCGCGUAUGACUUCUUGGCCGCCUUUGGUCACGCGCGGGCGCGGGCGAAGCUCCUGGCGGCCUGCGCCCUGCGCAUGCAGCGCCGGCACUUCCGGGCCCUGCAGGCGGCCAAGGAGGCGCUGCCUUUGGCACAGGAGUUCGGGGAUCUCCGAAUGCAGGCCUCGCUGCUCUUCCUCCUGGGCUCCGCGCUGCAGCAGAAGGGCGGCCGCGGCCGCGAGAGCGCCGCCGCGGCCCAGGAGGCGGCGACCUUGUUCCUGGAAUUCCAGGAUGCCUGCGGCUGGGCGGAGAUGAGCUUGUUGGUGGCACUUCGGGCCCUUUGCGCGGAGGGUGCCCAAGACAGUGCCCAGGACAUGCUGCUGACCCAUAUGCGGCGCGCGCCUGCUCUGGGGCCAAAGUUGUUGGUGCGCCAACUCUGGGUGGAACUCUUGCAGAAGAGCGAGGAGCUUGAGCUUCAGAAGACCCGAGCCAUCGCGGACAAGACGCUGACGGCUCUGCGGCGCCAAGGAAAUGCGGAGUGGCUGGCGCGGGAGAUUCAGCUCAUCUCUGGCCUGCAUCUGAAGCUGAACACCCGGAAGCAGGUGGAAGAGGCCCGGAAGUGGGCGGAGCAGGCGCGGGAGAUUUUGCAAGAGGCAAAGGAGGAGUACCUCGAGGCCAAGUCCGUGCCCUUUGUGGCCACCUGCUGCAUCUACUUGGGAGAGGACACCAAGGCGGCGGAGCUGCUGACGGCGCGGCGGCGCCAGCUGGCGGUGCUGCGCGCGCGGGGGGACGAGGCGGAGGCGGCGCUGCAGCUGGCGGACGUCUUGGCCAAGCAGCAGGUGUCCCGCGUGGACAGCCGGGCCCGCCGCUUUCUGCGCGACAGCCUCCAGAUCGCCCACGAGGCCCUUUAUGCCUUCGACGACAUGGGGGAUGAGAUGGGCGCUGCGAAGGCUCGCCUGCUGCUCUGCGAGAUCUACAUGUACCGGCAAGAGCCGGAGGAGGCGGAGUCGGAGGCCAAGUUGGCCGUGAAGAUCUACCAGGCGGCCGGCGAGGCCCAGCUGCUGGCGAAGGCGGUGAGGAAGCUGGGCACCGCCAGCUGCGAGCGGGACCGGCCCGAGGACGCUGCCAAGCAGGCCUCUGAGGCGGUGAUCUUUUGCCGGAAGGCGGGGGACCGCUACGCGGUGGCGGACAUGCUGAGCUGGGAGGCCCAGAUGCAUUCACAGGUGGUGGCCAAGCAGAUCGAGGGUUUGGAAGAGUCCGCGGCCCAGAAGAUCGUGUUCCGGAACUUGAGCAAGGUGAUGACUCCGGUGAAGGAGGCCAUUUUGCUGGCUCGGAAGCUGCAGGACAAGGGUCUCAUUGCCAGCACGCUGUGCGCGGUGGGUGAGGUCGAAGCAAGCGUGGGGAAGUGGGACGCGGCGCUCUGCGCCUGCGCGGAGGCCGCGCAGCUGGCGCGGAAGCGGAACGAGAGGGCCACGGAAUCUCGGGCCCUGGUGCUGAGCUCCGAGCUCCACUUCAGGAAGAAGGACGUCAUCCUGGCCAAGGAGGAGGCGGAGCGCGCUUGGCACUUGGCGCGGCGCAGCUUCCUCUGGGACCUGCGGAAGAGCGCGGAGCGCGCCAUGCGGCGGGUGGGCAGCCAGAUCACGCCGCCGGGCGUGGCUCUGCUGUCCUCCGCGGCCUUCUGCGAAGGGCCCCGCCCCAACAUCGCGAGGUCAUCGCUGGCGAGGGCGGCGGCCGCAAAGUCUACGGCCCAGGAACCCUGGAAGCCGCUGGUCUUCAAGAUGCCCCAGAAGAAGCAGCCACGGAAGCUGGAGCCGGGCGAAGACGACUUCACUCUGAAGAUGAGAGAUCGCCUGAGGUCGCUCAAGGUCAAGGAGGACGACCAGCCCGACGACCUGGUCACGGUGUCCACGGAGAACGCGAAGAACCUGGCGCUCUCCGCCAUGUGGUACAUCGACCAGCAAGCGGCAAAGGAGAAGCGAGAGAGGGACCACCCGGACGUGCAGGUAUUGCGCCAACGCUAUGACGGCGCGCUUGAGAGGCUUGAGGGCGAGGAGGACGCCGCGCGCCCCAGCGCAGAGCGCCACGGGCAUUUGGAGAUCCCGGGGGCGCUUGACAUGGACGAGCUGUACCACCGCGCGUCCGUGAAGCGUGUGGAGAGACCCGUGAAGGAUGUGAAGGCGGGGUUGCUUGGGUUUGUGAAGAGUGAAUAG